AUGGAAGGCUCCACCGGCGGUUUCCGUGUCGUGUCCAGACGUGCGGUCCGGCCAGAGCCGGCAAGCUCGCCGGACGUCGUGCCGUCGGAGGCGCCCCGGAUCAUGCAGCUGACGCCGUGGGAUCUCCAGUACAUUUCGGUGCACUACAUCCAGAUGGGUGUCCUUCUGCCCAAGAAGAUCCAGGCAACAGCAGGAAGCAGCGCACUCGCCGACGAACUCGCCUCGUCGUUCGCGCGUGCCCUGGGCCGCUUCUACCCUCUGGCCGGCCGCUUCGUCGUCACGGAGAUGUCCGGUGCGUGUCUCACCGUGUCGCUUUGCAGCAACAACGACGGGGCCGAGUUCGUACACGCGGUGGCGCCAGAGGUUUCUGUGAGCGACGUCACCACCCCGCGCUACUUCCCGCCGGUUCUGCGGUCCUUCUUCCCGUGGAACGGGAUGCUGUGUGGCGACGCGAUGCUGGAGCCCCGCCCUGUCGUGGCCGCACAGGUCGCCGAGCUCGCCGACGGCAUGUUCGUCGCCUUGUCGCUCAACCACGCCGCCGCCGACGGCACCACGUUCUGGCACCUGUUCAACACCUGGUCAGAGAUCCACCGCAGCGGUGGCCACGGCUGCGAGCUGUCCGCGCCGCCGCCGGUGCUCGGCAGAUGGUUCCCCGACACAUGCCCCGUACCGGUCACUCUGCCCUUCAGGAACAUGGAGGACAUCGUCCGGCGCGUCGAGGUCCCGCCAGUACGCGAGUGCUUCUUCCAUCUCUCCGCGGCGAGCGUAAGGAACCUCAAGGCAAAGGCAAACGCCGAGAUGAACGUGACGGCGGUGCAGCCGCAAGCCGCCACCAUCUCCUCGCUGCAGGCCGUGCUUGCGCACCUCUGGCGCGGCGCGUGCCGAGCCCGGCGCCUGCCGCCGGACCGGGAGACGACCUGCCGGCAGCCCGUGGGAUGCCGAGGGAGGGUGCACGGCGUGCCGCAGCACUACAUGGGCAGCGCCGUGGCGCGUGGCGUGGCCAAGUGCACCGUCGCCCAUGUCCUGCGGGACAAAGGGCUGGGCUGUGCGGCGUGGCUGCUCACCCAGGCCGUGGCGUCCUUCGACGAGGCCAAGACGAGGGACGCGCUCGCGUCCUGGCAUCAGAAGCCACACAUCCUGUACCCGGAGGCGUCCGGCGACGGCGAUCCUGCAGAUAUCGUGGUUGCGUCCUCGACGCGGUUCGACGUCUAUGGCAACGACUUCGGGUGGGGCACGCCGAUCGCCGUUCGGAGUGGCGCCGGGAACAAGAUGGACGGCUUGGUGACCGUGUACCCGGGGCGUGAUGGUGGUGGGAGCAUGGGGGUGGAGGUGUGCAUGUCUCCGGAAGCGCUCGCCAGGUUGACUGUGGACAGGGAAUUCAUGGAGGUAGUGGACAUGGCGUGA